AUCUAAUGUAUCGCUUAAUAUAUACCACCGCGGCUAUUGCCUGGCAUUUACAUCAAUCCACAGUUUGUUAAUAUCCAGGAAUAAUCGUAAAUAUAAUUGAAAGUUUAGCCUUGAUGCUUGCGGCAAAUAAGUAAAGGCACCAUUAAUCUACCAAGGUAGUUUCAGGCCAUUGUAGUUUUCAUCAAGCAUAUCUGUGCAAGGAACGUGAGUGCCAAUUAUGGCAGUGUAUUAAGAAUAACCUAUGUUACUUUUGUAUGCAAAUAGCAAACAAAUGCUACAUAAAAGUCUACAAUCUUGAAUGUUUAAGGCCAUGAUCAAAUUGAACACAUUAAAAAAAUCUCCCGAUCAUGAAUUCAUUACUGCUUUGACACAAGUAAAAUUUAAAGUAUGACAGAUACUUUUGGGAAGAAUGCAGCAUUGAAGCGCUUCAAAAAAAUCCCCGUUUACGUGGUCGAAGAGCACAAUGAGGCGUUACAAUUUAUAUACUCUGCGAUUGGCGGGAAAAAGCUGCCGGUGGAGGGAAAUACGCUGGUGCACCUGGAUGCACAUCCAGACAUGUUGAUAGACCGUAUGCUGAGCGGGCACGAAGCGCGCGCGGGCAAGAGCGUGUUGCCCCUGCUGCAGAUCGAGAACUGGAUCGUGCCGGCGGCGGCGGCCGGUCAUAUCGGCCGUGUGCUGUGGCUGCGACCACCCUGGGCUCGGCAAUUCACAGACGGUACUCGUCGUAUAAACGUAGGCGACCACCCUGCAACGGGUUUACUACGGGUCGACAGCAAGGAACCGUACUAUUUAUCGGACGCGCUUUACUCCUCCGAUCUCUUAAAUGCUAAAGAAUUCACAUUCACAGUCGCCGAACUGUCUAAUGUAAAUUCUGAGCACUAUGUUGAUGAGUUUGCCAAAAACUUACAUAUAAGCGAGCCUUAUGUAUUGGAUAUAGAUUUAGAUUUCUUUAGCACCGGUAAUCCAUUCCUAAGUUUGUAUGAAGACAUCGGACUUUACGACCGCUUGGAGCCGAUAUUCAGCUUUGAGUUGCCGGCAGACGACGACGAGCAAACAGUGGAGAAAGUUAUCGCGUUACGGGAGCGCCAAUUGCAGGAACUCGAACACUUGUUCCAGUUUCUGGAAGAGCAUAACACGCUUGAAGACUACGAAGGGGAAAAAACGGAUUUGUUCCGAAGGGUUUCGAAUCUAGCCGAAGUGGUGAGGGCGGAGGCGGAGCGGUUAAGCGAUAGUCCCGACUGGUGGGCCGUGUUCGCCGCGGGCUGUACAAGGGACAACGGCGGUCUGCCUUAUCACAUCAGCUCGCACCAAGAGAUUGAACACUACGUCCGUGGGACUUUGAAAUUACUUCUAAGUCGCCUUCCACAGCCCAUACUCGUUACAGUCGCUCGAUCCACUGAUGAUGGUUAUUGUCCGCCAGAUCAAGUUGACUUCAUUCAGUCGCUGGUUUUACAAACGUUACAAGAAGUUUAUAACACCGAUGAUCCGCAUUUAUACUAUUUAAAUGUUAAUAUACCCAAUACCGAGGAAUAAAAUGUAUCAAAAUGAGAA